ACACUGCCAGAAAUCUCUGCCAAUCUCAGGGGAAAUCAAACUUGGGAACAAUGUUUGCGGUACAUUUGAUGGCAUUUUACUUUGCCAAGCUCAAGGAGGAUCAGAUCAAGAAGGUGGACAGGUUCCUGUAUCACAUGCGGCUUUCUGAUGAGAUCCUUUUGGACAUCAUGGCACGGUUCCAGGCUGAAAUGCAGAAGGGCCUGGACAAGGACACCAACCCCACUGCCUCAGUGAAGAUGCUGCCUACCUUUGUCAGGGCCAUUCCAGAUGGCUCAGAACAUGGGGAGUUUCUCUCCUUGGAUCUUGGAGGAUCCAAAUUUCGAGUCUUGAAGGUCCAAGUCUCUGAAGAGGGGAAACGAAAUGUCCAGAUGGAGAGUCAGUUCUAUCCAACGCCCAAUGAAAUUAUCCGAGGAAACAGCUCAGAGUUGUUUGAAUACGUAGCUGACUGCCUGGCAGAUUUUAUGAAGACUAAAGGGCUGGAGAGUAAGAAAUUGCCCCUUGGCCUGACUUUUUCCUUUCCCUGCCUACAGAAUAAAUUGGAAGAGGGUGUGCUGCUUUCAUGGACGAAGAAGUUUAAAGCCCGGGGAGUUCAGCACACAGAUGUAGUGAACAGUCUGAAAAAAGCCAUACAAAAGCACAAGCAGGACAUAGAUGUAGACAUCCUGGCCUUGGUCAAUGACACCGUGGGCACCAUGAUGACAUGCGCCUAUGACGAUCCCUACUGUGAAGUUGGCGUCAUUAUUGGCACCGGCACUAAUGCGUGUUACAUGGAAGAUAUGAGCAACAUUGACCUGGUGGAAGGUGACGAGGGCAGGAUGUGCAUCAACACCGAGUGGGGCGCCUUUGGGGACGACGGGGCCCUGGAAGACAUCCGCACCGAGUUUGACCGGGAAUUGGACCUCGGCUCUCUUAAUCCUGGAAAGCAACUGUUUGAGAAGAUGAUCAGUGGCUUGUACAUGGGCGAACUCGUCCGGCUCAUCCUGCUGAAGAUGGCCAAGGCUGGCCUCCUAUUUGGCGGCAAGAAAUCGUCUGCUCUCCACACCAAGGGCAAGAUUGAAACACGACAUGUGGCUUCCAUGGAGAAGUAUAAAGAAGGCCUUGCCAAUACUCGGGAGAUCCUGACAGACCUGGGCCUGGAGCCUUCGGAGGCUGACUGCAUUGCCGUCCAGCAUGUCUGCACCAUCGUCUCUUUCCGCUCGGCCAAUCUCUGUGCAGCAGCCCUGGCGGCUAUACUGACACGCCUCCAGGAGAACAAGAAGCUCGAGCGGCUUCGGACCACAGUGGGCAUGGACGGCACCGUCUACAAGAUACACCCUCAAUAUCCAAAGCGGUUGCACAAGGUGGUGAGGAGAUUGGUCCCGAACUGUGAUGUCCGUUUUCUCCUGUCGGAGAGUGGCAGCACCAAGGGGGCUGCCAUGGUGACAGCGGUUGCCUGCCGCCUGCAGGCCCAGCGGAAGCAAAUUGAUAGGGUGCUAGCUUUGUUCCAGCUGACCCAAGAGCAACUAGUGGGUAUUCAGGACAAGAUGCGGGCUGAGUUUGAAUAUGGACUGAAGAGGGACACCCACCCACUGGCUACAGUCAAGAUGCUGCCCACGUAUGUCUAUGGGAUGCCAGAUGGCACAGAGAAAGGAAAAUUCCUUGCCUUGGACCUGGGGGGAACAAACUUCCGGGUCCUCUUGGUGAAGAUGAGAAGUGGACGAAGGUCGGUGCGAAUGUACAACAAGAUCUUUGCCAUCCCCCUAGAGAUCAUGCAGGGCACAGGCGAGGAGCUGUUUGACCACAUCGUGCAGUGCAUUGCUGACUUCCUAGACUACAUGGGCCUCAAGGGAGCACAGCUGCCGCUGGGCUUCACAUUCUCAUUUCCUUGCAGACAGAAGAACAUAGACAAGGGAAUCCUUAUUGAGUGGACCAAAGGCUUCAAGGCCACUGACUGUGAAGGGGAAGAUGUGGUGGACAUGCUUAGGGAAGCCAUCAAAAGGAGAAAUGAGUUUGAUCUGGACAUAGUUGCAGUUGUGAAUGAUACAGUGGGAACAAUGAUGACCUGUGGCUAUGAAAACCCCAAUUGUGAAAUUGGUCUGAUUGCAGGAACAGGAAGCAACAUGUGCUACAUGGAAGACAUGAAGAACAUCGAGAUGGUGGACGGAGAUGAGGGGAAGAUGUGCAUUAACACCGAGUGGGGAGGCUUUGGAGAUAACAGCUGCAUCGAUGACAUCCGGACACAGUAUGACAAAGAGGUGGAUGAGGGCUCUUUGAACGCUGGCAAACAGAGAUAUGAGAAGAUGACCAGUGGGAUGUACCUGGGGGAGAUCGUGAGGCAGAUCCUGAUUGACCUGACUAAGCAGGGUCUCCUCUUCCGUGGGCAGAUUUCAGAGCGUCUCCGGACCCGGGGCAUCUUUGAAACCAAAUUCCUGUCCCAGAUUGAAAGUGAUCGACUGGCCCUUCUCCAGGUCCGGAGUAUCCUGCAGCAGCUUGGCCUGGACAGCACAUGUGAGGACAGUAUUGUGGUGAAGGAGGUGUGUGGAGCUGUUUCCCGGCGGGCGGCCCAGCUCUGUGGUGCUGGACUAGCUGCAAUUGUGGAAAAAAGAAGGGAAGACCAAGGAUUGGAGCACCUGAAGAUCACUGUGGGCGUGGAUGGCACCCUGUACAAGCUGCACCCACACUUUUCUCGGAUACUGAAAGAAACUGUGAAGGAACUGGCCCCUCAGUGUGAUGUGGCCUUCAUGCUGUCAGAAGAUGGGAGUGGCAAGGGAGCGGCUCUAAUUACUGCUGUGGCCAAGAGGUUGCAGCAGGCACAGGAGAACUAGGGUCAUGGUAGAUACACCCUGGAUGCUGACCAGUCUCAUCUCCAGCAGUUGAGUUAGGGAGUAACAGACAAAGUUCUGACUGACCUUGCUUUCUGGCUGACUGAGGAAAAUCCCAGGUUCUUGACAACUCUUGAUAUUCCGUUAUUGGUUUUCAAGGGCAUGACAUGAUAUCUCUACUUGGCAUAUCAGAGCCAAAGAUGAACUGAUUUAUUGAAUUAUAGCAUGCUGUCCAACAGAUCCCCAUCCAGUACAUUUUCAACUGAUGUUUGAUCUGUCAGUUUUCUAUGACUUUGAGUCCUGUGGCUGGUGGGCUAGGAAACAUUCAUAGUCAACCAUGUAUUCCAACUAUCCAAGUUUCCCACUGGGAAAUUUUAGCCACCACCUGGAGCAGAUUACAUCUCCACUAGCAGAUAAAUAUUUGAGAAGGAUAAGGACUUGUGUAAUACACUGGAGACCUAACCUAACUUGUCUUUAACUUGUGCUGAUUUCAAAUCUGAAGAAAGAACAGAGACUCUGGGGUGUCCAUCCCCAGGAGGAAGAAGAAGAGUUGACUGCUGGGGAACCCUGUUGGGAACUUUUUUUAUGCUUAAAAUGAUUUAUGUCAGGACCCUGUGAAAUUUCCUUUCUUUUCUUUCUUCGUUCUUUUCUUUUCUUUUACCAGAGCUCUGCUCAGCUCUGGCUUAUGAUGGUAUCAGGGAUUGAACCUGGCACUACAGAGCCUCAGGCAUGAGAGUCUCUUUGCAUGACCAUUAUGCUAUCUACCCCUGCAGAUUUUAUUACACAUAUAUUAUGGAAAGAGACACCUUUAGAAGAAAUCUGUUUUAAUUUUACUUGUGGUAUUCAUUGCCAGUGUUCAUAGUUGUCUUUGAGACUGUUCAGUAUAUAAAAGCCCAUAAAUGAAUAAAAAUCUCUGAUUUCCCAAGAAUCUUUGCAUGAGGUAUUACUUCAUCUAGGAGAGUCACUAAGUAACUUCAUACUCCGCUGAUGAAAUAAGGGUCACAGAGUCAGAAGUUUUUGAGAGUAUCUUUCUAGUUCAAACUUCCUACCAACAGGUGGGAAUGGAAUUUCUUU